GAUACAUAGUCUCGGAACUUUUUUAUGUUGCAAACGUUCCCACACGGAAAACUGUAUCUAGUGAACGCACCACGGCACAGCUAACGGAAGAUAAAUAAAAAAACCGAGUGAUAAUAUGGCAGAGACUCAUAGUUUGCAUCCCAUUAGGCAACAGGCUGCAAUUGCUGCCAAAGUCUUCAUACAGAGGGAUUAUACUAAUGGCACUGUGUGCCAAUUUCAAACCAAGUUCCCUUCUGAGCUGGAAACCAGGAUUGACAAACAGCAGUUUGAAGAGACGGUGCGGAUUUUGAAUAACCUCUAUGCUGAGGCAGAGAAACUUGGAAGCCACUCAUAUAUUGAAGGUUGCCUGGCCUGCCUGACAGCUUAUACCGUGUUCUUGUGUAUGGAGACACAUUAUGAGAAGGUUUUAAAAAAGAUCGGCAAGUAUGUCCAGGAGCAGAACGACAAAGUGUACGCACCCAGAGGUCUCUUGCUCACCGAUCCCAUCGAGAGAGGCCUUCGAGUCAUUGAGGUCACUAUCUUUGAAGAGAGAAGCCUGACUAGAUAAAAGUUUUCAAGGAUUUGCCUUCUGGGUGGAGCUUCUGCGUCAGAGCACCAAUGCGACAACUCCCGCAUUCCCCCCAUCCAAAAGGACCUUGCACACCUGUACUCUCCUGCGUCUCAACAAUCGAUUCUAUCAGUCACACGCAGGCCAGUAUUCUCGAUACUUUGCUCUUGUUUAGCAGUAAACGCCACUCAACAGCCUGGCUCAUGAACCUUGUCGUGAAACAGCGUUCCCCAAUUUGCACAAGAUCUCUUCAAUUAGCUUUUGUUUGCUUUUGGCUAGAGUUGUGCAAUUAUGACUCCUAUUUGAAGAAUGAGUCCAAAACCAACAUGCAACGUGACUUUUUUUUUUUUUUGAUGACACUGAAAGUCUGUUCUCCAUUUCGUUUUGCUCCAUGUUUUUAUGGUUACGUUUUGCAAUCUCUCCAAGGGUAACUGACAUGCUGAUUGUUGACUGACUCAGACAUUCCAGUCGCACUGCUAUGUUUUAGAAUCCUAGUAUUUUCUUUUUUUUUGUUUUUAUUGCCUUGAUGAAUAAGUUGUAGCCCUCUGAACACGCAGUGCUUGCGCUCCGUGCAUGAAAUGCUCUAAUUAUUUAUUUGUAUACUGUGCCUUGCAAAGCGCUUGGCGACGGUGUCUAAUAAGAGUCGUUUGCUUAGUGUGAGUUUUUGUCAUCUGAAAUGUCAAAAGUGUGUGAUGACAGUGCCUGUUUUGUUGUUGCUGUUGUUAUUUUUAUUAUCAUUAUUGGGUUAGGUUAGUCCUUAACCAGACCUAAUUAUUAUCGUUAUUAUGUUUCCCCCCUGGCCCAAACUAUCCACCGAUGACUUCAAUCACUGCCUUUUUUUGGGUGUUUUUUAAUUUUAAUUUUUUGUUUUUAUGAUGAUGACAAGCACCAAAAAGCCAAGCAUCGAGUUCCCGCUGAGGUGAAUAUACAUACAGUGCUUGAUAAAUGUAUUAAAUCAGGUUUCUGUCACACCUACCCUAAAUUACCAUAUUGGCCCGAAUAUAAGGUGUUUUUUUGCAUUGAAAUAAGACUGAAAAAGUGUGGGUCAUCUUAUAUUCGGGGUCUAGACAUUAUAUCCAUUCACGACGCCAGAUGCCACCAGAUAUCAUUGAAUGCUGAACUUGACUCUCAAGGCCAAGGUGAACCCCUGUCACGAAGAAUAAAAAUAACGGUAGCACGAAGAAAUUUAAAAUAAAAAAUAGCGGUAAGAAAGAAAAGAGAAGAAAAUAGUCGAAGAGAUAACAGAAAAUGGAGAAAUGUAGCGAUAAUCUGGAGAAAAGUGUGUCGAAGAUUGGCCAGGUUAACCGGCAGCUGAGAAGUUAUGAUGUAAUUUGCAUUUCAAAACCGGAAGCCAUUUAUUUACGAAUGUGACUGCACUUUAGUUUACAUAUUUAAAUCCUCAGAUAUUAAGAUUUGAAUGAGGCCAAAUAACAUGCUUUUUCUCUCAAAUAUAUUGUUAGAAUCAUUUGUUUCAGAUGUACUGUAAUUAUUUUCUGAAUAAAAAUUUGGUAUUCAAAAAGUAUUUUUUCAAACUUGAGUUUUGAAAAAGAGGGGAUCGUCUUAUAAUCAGUGCCGUCUUAUAUUCGGGCCAAUACGGUUAGAUUAAGAUUCCCAAAAAUCAUUUUCCCAUUUUAAUAAUUUAAUAAUAACAAUAAUAAUAAUAAUUUAAUAAUGGUUCAUUUAUUAUAGAUGUUCUAUUAUUAUUAUUACUGUAUGUGAAAUGAUUGUUUAACCAAAGUGGUAUUUUCAGUGCUAAAAAACGACAUGUAAUAUAUUAUUUUGCAUUAAAAAAAUUGUGAAAAAAAUCAAAAAGUUCAUUUUUAUGUAUUGCUGAAGAUUACAGUUAUUGAUUUGCAUUUCGGAACAGAAAAACAUCUUUGAAGGGUCGAACGUCAUGCUUGAUUGAUUUCUGAUUUCUCGGAAAAGCUGAGUGAGCUGGCACAAAUAUUGGUUGAAAAAAAGGUGCAUCCAGUCUGAAAUUCCUCAUUUGUCUCGAAAUUAGUGAAAUGCCAAGUGCCCAGCUGGAAUUGAUUUAUCGAACAAAUAGUCAGAAUAUUUCACUUCAUUCAUAUUUGAUAUUUUCCUGUGAUGUAAAAUGAAAAUGAGGCUAUUCUAAGUGUUGUACCUGAUUUAGCCCAGUUUUAGUGAGGAACGAACCUGUUUGUUUUUUUCUUAUUUGGGAAGUCCGGAACUUCCCCGCACUAAAGAGCAGGGGUGGGCAAACUACGGCCCGCGAGCCGGAUCCGGCCCGUUGGUCUUUUUAAUCUGGCCCGCCGAAGAUUGGUGCACAAUUAAGGUUUGAUUGCAUUCAUUUCGUUUGGACUUGUAUUGACAGGUAUUUCAAAACCAGGUGGCGCAGUUACUUCAAGUUGCAGAGCACAGGGAGGAAGGGGAAGACGAAGAAAGAGGGAGAGAGUAAUGACCAUGGAAGGGAAAGUGAUAUGUACUGUAUCUGAUUAAACGAAGCGGGUAAGAAAGUACGAAACAUUCAGGAGACACCUGGAGGUCGGAAAGACUCCAAUCUACGAGACUUUGAAAAACAAAGAGGCGAUUCUUACUCAGUCCGAUUCUGGCAAUUUCCAUGCUCAGAGUGAAUUGCUUGUGGCUCGAGUAAAUGAACAUUUUCUAGAAUGGUUUGAUUGUUAUCACGUUAAAAACUUUCCGCAAACUGGACCGCUAAUAAGAGUCGGAGAGCAGUCAAAUGUGUAGAGCGUGAACAACAGGGGGCUCAGUACACAUCCUUGAGGAGAACCGAUGCUGAGUGUGAUGGUGGAGGAGAACGUUACAUUAUGACUGGCAUACAAAGACAUUGUGCUAUCUUCUUUAUUUUCUAUUUCUAUUUCUAACUUUAGUCCGGCCCUCCACAAUAUUUUCUGCUUCCCAUUUAGCCCCCCUGGGAAAAUAAUUGCCCACCCCUGCAAUAGAGGCUGUAUUGUCACGGAUAAAACGUGCACUGUUUCUGAUCCUUGCCUUGUAUUUCUGUUGAUGGAAUAUGUCUCGCAUAACUGUGAGAGAUGUGACAAGACUCAAAAGCUUCUGGUGCUUUUGGAGGAUUGACCGGUUUAAAGUGACACCUUUCUAUGGUUUAUUCAAGACGCUCUAUCCCAAAAAUAAGCACACACGACUGGAUGUUUCUUCAUUCAUUCAGAACGGGAUGGUUCAGAUUAUGAGUCAUUUUUUAGGUUAUUUUCUCCUAUGAACUGCAGAGGAACAUCCAAAGCUGUUUGAACCUCAAACAUUCUGCGUCACUGUCCGACUUGUGACUUUUGAAUCUUGAUGUCCUGAGAUUGACUUCAAUGAUGUGCACUGAUGAAAACGCUUCAAUGUCAUAACAUAAGCACACGCGCGUAAACGGGAUAUCCCUCUAAAGAAUGCCGCUUUAUUAUACAGUAUUCAAUUUGCCUUACACAAGACGUCCGGACGCCGAUUGCAUGGCAGGUCAUUUUCUCAUGCAUGUCUUGUUGAUGCAAAAUUAAUGUGAUGUUAAAUUGUUAAUUGUGACAAUUGAUUUGGAUAACGGUGAUGGUUGCACUUUCCCUUUUUUUGUUUUUGUCACUUGCCUUCUCAAACCUGACUCGUUCAUAGUACUCGCAGAGUCACGACAAAGCCCCAACUGCUGUAGUCUUGAGACCUCAUCUGUUCAAAUUUAUGUCACCUUGCUAAGUGUUGUGGGUUUCCAAAUUUUUGCUGUGAUUAAGUGCUGUGUUUAUAUGUUGUUAUUAUUUGUGCAGGUUAUUUAAAGUCAUUGCUGUGACCUUUCCUAUGCAUUGCUAUUUCAGUACUUGUUUCCGAAACUUUGUGGUUAAUGUGGUUGUAAGGUUUGGAAAAAAUAUUUUUUUUCCCUCCUUUUUUUAAAAUGAUUAAAUAAAUGUAAUAAAAA